AUGAAGACAUUCGCCGCCCUCCUGCCCUGCGUGGCGCUUCUGCACCAUGUCGCUGCUCAAGGUGGAUAUCUAUUCGCGGUCGAUCCCAAAGUCGCCUCUCCGUCGACGUCAAUGAUUGAUUCUGAGACAGCCAGCGCAAUCAUCGCAAGAAGAAGAAGCCUCACGGCCGACCGACAACUGGGAAUCGUGGAGGAUAGGCUACUCGAAGAAAUCAACGCCUAUGGAGGCUAUCAAGCACCACUUUUCCGGGAGGACCAGACGGGGGAGGCACCGGGCAAGCUGUUCAUAAGAAUAUCGGGAGUCGACAUGCAGAUCAACGACUUCGAUACUGCCAUGCCUGACCUCUGGAUACAAGAACCAGCGAAGGACCUGCUCACGGACUUCAAGGCAAUUCCUAAUCGCAGACAGAAGGAUUUCACCUGCGAAUACAUUGUCCCUCCGAGCCUCAAUGCACCAAACAGCAAAGGAGUAGAAGUCAUCUUCUCAUAUCCUUUGGGGAAUGAGCGGCUAUGCCUUGCGUCCGUGGAGAUCCCCAAUAUCCCUAUCAUCCUGUCCCUCUAUGGCUACCUGCCAACAAACCCAUCUGAGGUCAAGACCAAAUUGCCCUCCCUGAUCCGAAUUCUCAAACACCUGUCAGCCAGUGAGAACGUGGAGUCAACGGUCCUCUUGCUCCCAUCGAAGCUCUCCAAGACCUCUGACAAGCAUGCACAUCAACACCAUGCGCGUACACCAGAGACGUCCGAAGAGGAACCCCUCGAUCUUCCCUCAGCAACUCCUAAAGAUACCUUGUCCCUUGACAAUACAGCAUCUUCCAACGCUAGCAAGAACUUCACGCUCCCUUCAGCCCUACCGGCGUGCUUCACCUCACAAUCUGCAUGCGAGAACACCACUAAUCUCUGCUCCGGCCACGGUUCCUGCUAUCAAGCACAUGCGAACUGCUUCAAAUGCCGGUGUGGUACCACACUAGUGCGUGUGAAUGAAGACGGCACAAAGAAGACGGUCCAGUGGGGUGGAGCGGCGUGCCAGAAGAAAGACAUCAGCACACCUUUCAUUUUAUUUGCUGGUUUCGGUGUCGUAAUGACGGCCUUGAUUGCUGGGGCCAUUGGUAUGUUAUUCAAUAUGGGCAGCCAGGAAUUGCCCAGUGUUAUCGGUGCAGGUGUCGCAGGGCCUAAAGCGGGCAAGUGA